AUGCAGUACGACCAGCAGUCAGAAGCGAACAAAGCCAAGCUUUUGGCCAUGGCCAAGCAGCACGGUAACAAGGAGUGUGCAGACUGCACCUCUCGCUCUGUCAAAUGGGCGUGCUUUAACCACGGCACCUUUGUCUGUAUUAAGUGCUCGGGAAUACAUCGGAGUCUAGGACGGCACAUUUCCAAGGUCAAAUCGCUCACCCUUGACAAGUGGACUGCCGAGGAGAUGGCAGGGAUGCGAGGCAAUUUAGCGGCUAAUUCAGAAUACCUGUACAACCUACCUGAUGGUCUAAGUAAGCCAGACGAGAACGACGAUACAGGAAGGCGUAAGUGGAUAGAGAGAAAGUAUGUUAAACAGGAGUGGGCUCGCCGUCCAGACCAACCCCCGGGGCAGGGUGCUAUGGAGAAGCAAGGGAUGCAGUCCACCCCUUCUCUCCCAGAGGUCUCGUCCACAUCAUCCAUACAGACAGGACCACUUCAACCUCAAGGCCUACCGUCUCAAUCGACUCUCCAGCCUCAGCUGCAGCAGACCCUGUUUUCCACGCCCCAGCAGCCGUAUCAGAACGCUCCUCAGCCAACUCUUCAGUACCCUGCUCCUGGCUCUGUGUCCGGAGGUCUUCAACAGGCUGCCAUCCCUGUCGCUUCACCUUAUCAACUGGGCCAGCUUGCUACACCAUCAACCUUACCAGGGCUUCAGCCCGCUACGCAGCAGCAGCAGAGCCAUCACGAGAUGAUCCAGAAAAUAAUCGAGCAGCAGAACCAAUACAUGCAGCAGUAUCAGCAGUAUCAGCAACAGGCACAGCAAGUGCAGAUACAGCAAGCAUCGCAGCAAUACCAACAGCAAUAUUAUCAACCGCAGCAGCAGGCCCUGCAGGUGCAGCCACUGCCGGUGCAGCAGCAAUAUCAGCAGACCCCGGCCUCUAUGUACCAGCAGUUCAAGAUUUAA